AUGCCGGGUGGCAAAGAGUACGCGUUUCUCCCCAAAGUAAGAGCAACGCUGCACUGGAGUCACAAGCCACCUUCAGUGAACUUUUACGUUGCCGAACAAACCCACACUGUCAUUCCCCUCCUGCAGGCUCAGCCAGAGGUGGUGCGGCCACUGCUGCAGAAGUGGUCCAAUGAGAUUGCUAAGGCCCAAGAGGCGGACCCUUCCUGUCAAGAGCUCGGGCCGUCUGACCGCCAAGCAAGCCCGGGUCGCAUCCAUUACCAACUCCAACAGGACGUGUGGUACAGAGGCGUACCUUCCAAGUACGGAGGUUUUAAUUACCAAGUGGUGGUUCCGGCCGCGUUGGAUGAUGAAGUGCUGGUUGGACUGGCACAGCUGGUAGCACUGGGCACUGGUCCCAUCUCUCUGACAGCUGUGGUGCAGUGUGACUUGCCCCUGCUCUUAUUGGGGCACGAGUCCGCUAUAAAAGAAAACAACAGCAGGCCUCCUUUUUGGGGACUCGCUGUUGCAAAGAUGUCACGAGGCCCACGUCUGCAGUAG